CAAAGUUGAAAACAAGAGUCCCUGAGUUGAACACGAGCGAGCAGCGCACGUUACUAACCAUGGAGUCUCAGCCUAAGGCUUCUCCUCUUCCCCGUUUGCCAAACAUCACCGACCUGGCACCGCAACACGUAGCCUUUCUGGAUCAACACUUCCCAACCAAACACGCCCUAUCUGGCGAAUCCGCUAAUCUACCCCUCUCCUCCUCGCUCUCGCAACACUGCUCUCAACUACAGUCCCUCCUCCUCCACCACGACACCAAACGCACCGUUUCGUGGAUCUCUCGCUCCUUCAACGCCAAAUCCUCCCUCCAACGACUCUCCCUCGCCCUCCGGAACCUCUCCCUCCGCACUUCUCCACAGGGGAUUGGUUCGAAGAGGUUUCGGUGGGUGUUACUUGAGGAGAUUCCUCGAUUGGCCAACCAAAUGAACCAAAUUGAGUCUCUUCGGCGUUAUCUCGAGACUGCUGUACAGUUGGAAGCUCUAGUUGGGGAUCUUGAAGAUGCUGCUCUCUUUGUCAUGGCUUGCCACACUGGGAAUAUGUUUUCAUUGAAGCUCUCGAUUUCAUCUAUGACCGAAGGUAUGUCAAGUAAACACGACAAGUUGCUUCAGGCCAUCAAAGCCAUGAAUGAUAUUGAAGAAGUAUUGGUUGGGGUUGUGAAAUUCCAUCCAGAGUGGCAUCGUCUUCUGAAGUCUGUUGACAUUAGAGUAGAUACAAUCUUAGCUGCUCUUCGACCACAAGUUUUUGCAGAUCAUCGCGCUCUUCUUGUCUCUCUUGGGUGGCCACCAAAAUUGCUUCUGUCAAAAAAUGGAAGUGAACAUAUCACAGGCAUUCCUAAUCCAUUAGUUCUUAUGCAAGAAGAUAAAAGAAGAAAUUACUCUCGGAGUUUUAUAGCCCUAUGUGCUUUGCAGCAUUUGCAAAAUAAAAGGGAAGAAAGACAGGUUAAUAAUAAUCUUAUUAAAAGAGACACAAAGAAUACACAGCUUUGGGCCAUUGAUGAAUUAGUGUCUCCUAUUGCAUCAAGGAUGGAAUACCAUUUCACUAAAUGGUCUGAGCAGCCAGAAUAUAUGUUUGCUUUGGCAUAUAAAGUUAGCGGAGAUUUUAUUACAGGAAUAGAUGAUGUCUUGCAGCCACUUAUUGACAAGGCUAGGCUUAUCAAUUGUAGUGCAAAGGAGGCAUGGGUCUCUGCAAUGGUCCAAAUGCUUUCUGGCUUUCUAGAAAAAAAAGUUUUUUCUUUGCUUACCGAAAGAUACAAAGUAAAGCAUUUGAAGUCCGAUAUAUUAUCUUCAUGGCUUCACCUCGUGGAUCUAAUCAUUGCAUUUGACAAAAAGAUGCUAUCCCUUCUCAAUCUGGAUACUUGUUUUCUGGCAGUGUCUGAAAGUUUUGAAGGUCUCUCUAGAGGCGUGUCAGUUCUAUCAAUAUUUUGUAAUAGGCCCCAUUGGCUGAAGAUUUGGGCAAAAAUAGAGUUCAAAAAUGCCUGGAAGAAACUUAAUGCCGAACUGAAAGAGGAGGAUGCGUGGGUGAUUUCUAAGAAAUCUAAAUCUGGGAUUGGCACUGUCACUGAUCAGGAGUAUCUACUAUUUACUGUCCAAGAUGACAAAGCUCCGCCUACUGCAGAGUUUUUUCUUAAAAUUAUCUGGGAAAUGAUUGAACGCUGCCAAACUAUGCCAUCCAUGUUAUCACGUGCACAAUUUAUUAGAUUAACUGCAGGAAGAUCCCUCUGGUAUUUCUUUAAGCUAUUACUUUGGCGGUUCAAGGCAACUAAAUUAUGUGUGGAUAAUUUUGAUGAUGUUGCCAUAGUUAGAGUGUGUGGGUUAAUAAAUGCUGCCAGAUAUAUAUGGAUUAAAUUGCAAGAAUGGAGUGAUGCUGUAGAUUUUUUGGAGAUGAAAAUUGCUGAAAAUGAUUCUAGCAAGCCCAUUCAACAUGAUAAAAUGGAUAAUGACUAUUUUUUUGAUGAAGAAAUAAGAAGCUUGUCUGAAAUGGAAACCAACUGGCUUAUGGAAAUUAUUGCUGUUGUUCUUCGACAGUUUGAAAUGCUCUCCUGGGAAUAUGUUCAAAACAUUUGUAGUAUUGAGGAUUAUCAAGAUUGUACAAAUCUAAGAGAUGUUGAUUUAGUAGUCUCCAAUGAUCUUGUUGAAGCUUUAGAUGCUUUAAAAAGUUGGCUUCAUAUUGUGAAGAUAAAUCUCAAUGCAAAAGAUUUUUUGGAUUUGUGGAGAAGCAUUGCCGAGGGGCUAGAUCAUUACAUUUCAUGCAGCAUUGUCGGCAGUGAGACUGGGUUCUCUAAGAUGGGCGUCAAUCAAUUUGAAGCUGAUAUGCAAGCACUAAUAUUUAUUUUUCAGCCUUAUUGUGCUCGCCCACAAGCAUUUUUCCCUUGUAUUAAUGAGAUUCUUAAGCUUUUGAAACUGAAAAAAGAAGAGGUAAAGCAAAUGCAAGCAUUUUUGCCCAACAAUGAAAAUGGAUCAGAGCGAUUGCAUCUUUACGGAAUUUCUCAUUUAUCAGUUAAUCAAAUUCUUAAAGUUCUUAGACACAAAAUCUAGGUUGGUUGAUUUAUACAAUAAAGGUGUAUUAACCCUUGGCAGAGCAAAAGAACUUUCUCUAUAUGUGGUUUAUAGUAUACAUAAAUUAUUUAAAAGUUCUACAAAUGUUCCUUGUGUAAUUGGAUGAGCAGAUGGAACAUUGAAACCUAGACUUUUACCUUAGAUGACUGAUGAUUGAUUGGGGAUAUGAGAAAUUGAAAUUUAUGAUGGAUGCAGAGGGACAAUUGUUUUCUGCGGUGAGCUCUCCUCCUCUUCCACUAUCUCUUGCUUUCCCAGGAGCAGUGAGAUUGCCUGUGACCACAUAUAAAGAUAUUGUCAACAUUCGCCCCCUUCUCCCCGCCCCCCGCCCCCGGCCAAAAUAUUUAUUUGAUCUCUGAUCCCCAUCAAGUGAACAGUGCUCUGAAAUCACUGAAUGUGCUUACCAUGCACUUGUUUCUUAGCUAAAUAAGGAUCUUGACAAAGAUAGUAUUUUUUUUAGCUUCGCAGCACACCCCAAAUGUCAUUCGCUCAAAGGAAAACAAUUGUCAGAAAAGUGUAUGCAGCAUUGGCAAAAAAGUGAAAAUUUAUUACCAGCUGCAAAAUCUCAGCUCUUAGUUUCUAAACGUCAGUGAUUUAUGUUUCUUUUUCUUUCUAUUUUUUUAAAGCAUUUUUAACGUAUUAUUUUUUAUUUAAUUUUUAAUUUGGUAGAUUGUAGAUGGAAUGGAUUCAGCUGAAAUUUCAAAAGAUGUUGAAGAAAGAUUUCCUGACUGACCAAGGAAAUGAAGUAUGAAUAUGUUGGUGAGUUAGGAGGCUGUCCAGUUUGAGAUAAUUGUUUCACAAUUCAAACAAUUUGAAUUAUUAAUUCAUGUUUUCUUUGCAUAAAAUUUAGUUUGUCCGUGCUAGAGUAUUAGUUGAGGGGGAGCCUUGGUGCGACAGUAAGGUUGUUGCUUAUGGGUUCAAAUAUGAGAAAUAGCCUCUUCACGUUUGGGGAUAAGGUUGCUUGUAUAUGUUCUAAGGUUGUCAAACUUGAAAUUCAACAUAAACUCGUGAAGUUUU